AUGGUUGAUCCUAACUGCAUCCGACAAAGCACUAAAUCUUACACGUUGCCUACAGGUAUCAAAGUUUUCUACCGCACACGCUAUACUUACGAAGGCAGUCCUACAGUAGCAGCCGCUCUGGGGAGUACAGACACAAGAGCAGCUCUGAGGAGUGCAGACACGACAGCCGCUCUGAGGAGUGCAGACACGACAGCCGUUCUGAGGAGUACUGACACGACAGCCGCUCUGAGGACUACUGACACGACAGCCGCUCUGAGGAGUACAGACACAACAGCCGUUCAAAGGAGUACAGGCACAACAGCCGCUCUGAGGAGUACUGACACCACAACCGCUCUGCGGAGUACAGGCACAACAGCCGCUCUGAGGAGUAUUGACACGACAGCCACUCCGCGGAGUACAGGCACGUCAGCCGCUCUGCGGAGUACUGACACAACAGCCGCUCUGAGGAGUACAGACACGACAGCCGCUCUGCGGAGUACAGACACCACAACCGCUCUGAGGGGUACUGACACCACACCCGCUCUAAGGAGUACAGACACGACAGCCGCUCUGAGGAGUACAGACACCACAACCGCUCUGAGGGGUAUUGACACGACAGCCGCUCCGAGGAGUACAGACACGACAGCCGCUCUGAGGAGUAGACACCACAACCGCUCUGAGGAGUACAGGCACGACAGCAACUCUGCGGAGUACAGACACCACAACCGCUCUGAGGAGUACUGA